GUGUAAGAGAAUGUAAAUGCACCCCUUCAUAAGCAUCCACCCUGACCUGCUAUCACAAACACACACUCUACACACUGGGAAACACAUUUGUUUGGCUGCUAAGUACUUCAUUACUGAAAACAUUAUGAAUCACUUUGUUGAUGCUGCUGUUGAUAAAGCAGCUUCAGCUGCCAAAUUAAAGGUAAAAUCUAUGUUGGGAGGAGGAGGAAACGCAAAGCAACCGAACAAGUCAGGAGGUGUCGGAGGACUUUUUCCUUCGGCAGGUGAGUCGGGUAACAAAGAGAAGAAAGGAGGACUGUUUGGAGGCCUGCUUUCAGCACCCCAGAACGAGGCAAACCCAGGAGGAGCAGCAGCAUCAGGAGAUGUGGGUGGUGCAGGACUUCCAGGAGGUGCAGGAGGAGGUGCAGGAGGAGACAAGGAUUUCAACUCGGCAGUAGACGAGCUCGCUUUUUAAGAUGUAGCCAGAUGUUCACUGAUUGACAAAUUUGGCAAAUGAAGGCAUGGCAAGUGAAGAUGCAACAGUACAGCCCUUAAUUUUUAUCUAUCAGCAAAUAUCAACCAGAGCUACAUGUUCUUGUGAUCAACAGUGUAUAAACAGAAUGUAUCUGUUUGAUACAAGUUAUUACAUUCACAUUGUACUCUAUAUAUUACAAAAUGGACACAGACAAAAGUGUACAAUUACUAAUAGGUAACAAAUGCUCCCAUUACAUCUAUAAUACUGGGCUUGUCUACUGAGGUAUUUAGGGAACAAUAAAUGGGUGUUGUAUUUAUGUUUUUUUUUUUUACUUGAGCCCUUGAUGCAAAGCCCCACUCAGAGCAGUUUUUAUAAGUGUACUAAUUGAAAUUGCUUUCUUUGAAAACAUGAAAGUUUUACUUCUAUUAACAAUAUUGUAAAGAAGGUGAAAAUUAUUUCAAUAAAGUUGUAAAUGAA